UCUCCUUUACUGUUGCCAGGACGCUGCACUCUUGGCCUUCCCUGCCACGCAGGUUUUGCCUUACCGCUGGUUUAGGGAAGAGGGUGUGUGUCAUGAUUGUUUUUCUCCCAGGCUGGCAUUCUGAGGCGGGCACUCUGACGAACUGAUAGGCCCAGAUCGGUGUUCCCCAGGGUGGGUAGAAGACCACAUUUCCCUCCUGUUUUCUGGGUAUUGUUGGACGCAACCUUAUCACCUGGAAAAAAUAUUUACCCAAAGACUGGCGCAUUGUGGAUUGAGGUGCUCCGGGUGAUCAGCAGCAGCUGAUGGAGGCAGGGAACAAGGAAGGAGUUGGCUGAAAGGAGGUGCUGCUUCUCCAGCCCUCGGACACCUGGCACCACCCAGGGUGUCCAGCCGGGGUCUGGAGGCAUUGGAUUAUCAACGUUGUUACGAAGAGAUUGAGAAAUAGUGGCACGUGACCGUGUUUGCCCUUCUAGUGUCAUCAGGGAGCUUUGUAAACAGAAAUCCAGGUGAAGUUGGUAGAAAUAAUAGAGGCACCACGGUGUGAAUGGGUUGAGUUGGAAGUCAUCCCCUGUGGAACGUUUCACCUUGGACUUGCUGGGAUCCAGCUGCUGACCUAAUGAGACUCCCCCCCCCCAACCCCCAAAGAAGACUAGGUAAAGAAGCUGCAGGGAAUUCUGAUGCUGGCUACUGGUUAAGAGCCAUUAUGAUACAAUUAUUUAUUUGCAAAGUGUUCUUUGAGCCUCACACAGGAAGUGAGAGUGAAACAGACCCAGGGCCCGGCCAGCACCUCAGAAAAGGGCCCUACGCCUUCGGGGUAUUUGGAUCUUACUUUGAGUAUAAAGUUGAAGUGAUAGGGAGCAGAUUUCUGCUGCUUCCUUGGAUUCCGAAAAGCUCCUUGGAAGGAAGGAAAGAACUGUUAGGCGUACUCAAGCCAGUUUAUUUUCUUCGGUAAACAUCUGGUACAGAUUGGAAGUGGGAGUGAAUAGAGAACUGACCUCCUGCUACUCAGAAUUCUGAUUGCACAAGUUGUGGUUAACCUGAGAGGUGCCCGUUGGCCUCUUGUUUCUCAGCCUAAGGGUAGUUCUGAGUAAGAUAUUUGACAUCACCUGGCAGGUAAAGGCUGGAGACAGGCUUUUUUCUGUGUGACUUUGGAGUUAAGUGGUACCUCCCCGUCUUCCACUAGUUGCCUGGGGCUGUGGUACUCCUGAUCAGGACUGCUUUUCUUUAAACUAAACAAAACAAAAAAACUAUUAAUAAUUAAGUCUCCCAUGUUGGCCACGGAUGCCGGGAAGUAGCUUAGCAACAUCACCUCUGGUCUAUCCUUCCCAUUCGAGGAGGAGAGAAACUUGAAGGCCUAAGGUCUGAAGGGUUAAAUUGGCAUGGUGUGGGUGCUGCCAAGACAGUCCUCUUGUAACCAGAGUAGGAAGGAUGAGGACCUUAUAUUUGUAAGUGUUUCGUAUUUUUAAAAGACGUAAACGUAGUUAUAUUUAAAGAAAUCCUUUAUGAAAUAACGCUGUAGGGGUGCGAAAGUUCAGCUCAAAGUUUGGCUGCAGCACCAGCUUGGCAUCAGCUACUGCUCAAAAGGCAAGGGGCCUGCUAAGCCGUCCAGAUGCUGCUUGAUGGUUUUGUGUGUGUCACCAAGUGCGUUGCUCUUAGAAUCCGCUUUUUUUUUUUUUCCCCUUCACCUAGAAAACGUCAGGCCUUAGACCUGCAGUAUGGCCGCCGUUGCCCUGCCCGACUCAUUUGGAAGUGGCCUUGUGUGCUCUUGUGUAGGCGGGAUGGUGCACGUGUGAUUUUGCCGAGUGUAAAGGCCUCCUGCUGUCUCCAGGACACCAUGAAUGCCAUUGUCGCUCUCUGUCACUUCUGUGAGCUCCACGGCCCCCGCACUCUCUUUUGCACAGAAGUUCUGCAUGCCCCGCUUCCUCAAGGGGCUGGGAAUGGGGACAGCCCCGGCCAGGGCGAACAGGCCGAGGAGGAGGAGGGUGGCAUUCAGAUGAGCAGUCGGAUCCGCGCUCACAGUCCAGCGGAAGGGGCCAGCGCAGAGUCCAGCAGCCCGGGGCCCAAAAAGUCGGACAUGUGCGAGGGCUGCCGGUCCCUUGCUGCCGGACAUCCCGGGUAUAUCAGCCAUGAUAAAGAGACCUCGAUUAAAUAUGUCAGUCACCAGCACCCCAACCACCCCCAGCUCUUCAGCAUUGUCCGCCAGGCCUGUGUGCGGAGCCUGAGCUGUGAGGUCUGCCCUGGCCGGGAAGGCCCUAUCUUCUUUGGGGACGAGCAGCAUGGUUUCGUGUUCAGCCACACUUUCUUCAUCAAAGACAGCCUGGCCAGGGGCUUCCAGCGCUGGUACAGCAUCAUCGCCAUCAUGAUGGACCGGAUUUACCUCAUCAACUCCUGGCCCUUCCUGCUUGGGAAGAUCCGAGGGAUCAUUGACGAACUGCAGGGCAAGGCGCUCAAGGUAUUUGAGACAGAGCAGUUUGGCUGCCCGCAGCGCGCCCAGAGGAUGAACACGGCCUUCACACCCUUCCUGCAUCAACGCAACGGCAAUGCGGCUCGUUCGUUGACGUCCUUGACAAGCGAUGACAACUUGUGGGCAUGCCUUCACACCUCCUUUGCUUGGCUCCUGAAGGCGUGUGGCAGCCGGCUGACUGAGAAGCUCCUGGAGGGCGCGCCCACUGAGGACACCUUGGUCCAGAUGGAGAAGCUUGCAGACUUGGAAGAAGAAUCCGAAAGCUGGGACAACUCCGAGGCUGAAGAGGAGGAGAAAGCCCCUGUCUUGCCAGAGGGUGCAGAGGGGCGGGAGCUGACCAAGUGCCCAACAGAUUCUUCCUUGCUCUCAGACUGUGGCAACUGGCAGCCCCGAAAGUUGUCUGUCUUUAAGUCCCUUCGGCACAUGAGGCAGGUCCUGGGUGCCCCGUCCUUUCGCAUGUUGGCCUGGCACGUUCUCAUGGGGAACCAAGUGAUCUGGAAAAGUAGAGACGCAGACCUUGUCCAGUCAGCUUUUGAAGUUCUUCGGACGAUGCUGCCAGUGGGCUGUGUCCGCAUCAUCCCUUACAGCAACCAGUAUGAGGAGGCCUACCGCUGCAACUUCCUGGGGCUCAGCCCACACGUGCAGAUCCCCUCCCACGUGCUGGCCUCAGAAUUUGCUGUCGUCGUGGAGGCCCAUUCAGCUCCUCGCUCCAGCCUCCACCCAGCCAGGUGCGAGGAUGACCAGUCCCUCAGCAAGUACGAGUUUGUUGUGACCAGCGGAAGUCCUGUAGCUGCGGACCGAGUUGGCCCCACCAUCCUGAAUAAGAUGGAAGCAGCUCUGACCAACCAGAAUCUGUCUGUGGGUGUGGUGGACCAGUGCCUCGUCUGCCUUAAGGAAGAGUGGAUGAACAAAGUGAAGGUCCUUUUCAAAUUCACCAAGGUGGACAGUCGGCCCAAAGAGGACACGCAAAAGCUCCUGAGUAUCCUCGGAGCAUCUGAAGAGGACAAUGUCAAGCUGCUCAAGUUCUGGAUGACGGGCCUGAGCAAAACCUACAAGUCCCACCUCAUGUCCACGGUCCGCAGCCCCACAGCCUCAGAGCCUCGUAAUUGACGCCACUUGUGGGAACGUGAGCCCGGGCUCGCCUUCACAGAAGUGAUGACCAUCCCCGCCGCUGAACUCAAGGAUGGCUCUCUGACGGCACUCUCACACCACUUUUGUUUCUGACCUGCCGGCACGGAGUUCUUUCCUCGCAAGCAGUGGAGACCCUCGGGGCUGAACCUUGCCCUCCGUGUGGGAUUUGGACCUGGUAUAGUUUUCGGCACCAUUCCACAAGCUGUUUGAAUUGCUCUAGCCCUAAAGAGGGCCGUGGGAGACGUGGGACAGUAGGUCCCCUGUGUUUGAGCACCCUGUGAGAGAAGACUGAGGAGGACAUGCACCUUAUGUCUCUCAAGGAUUUAGACUCAAAAUUUAUAGGAAAAACAUGUCAGGUCAGUCCCAACUUGGGUAUUUUGGCCACAAUAACAAACCUCUCAAGGUUCAUGUUUGAACCUUUCUAUUCUGAUACUCAUACUUUUCCAGGUUUUAUAUAUGUUUAUAUAUGUUGUAUGUUUUGCUACGGUUGUGAAUUUUCAGGACAUGUGCUGAUCCUUAGUCAUCGUUAGUAAUCUGGUUUUGAGCUCUGGGAAUGGCUUUUGGGGUGGAAUAGAUGUUUCCUCAAUUUUGGGCCCUUUGGGAUUCAUGUUCUGGAACCAUGUGACUACAAAGUCUUCUGGCCAUGCUCUCCUAUGAUUGCUUUGACAUUUCCCUGUAGCUUGAGGACAGGCCCCUGACCUUUUUUUUACACAAAGAUGAUACUUUGCUGAAAUGUCAGAUGGAGCCAUUUGACUUGCCUAACUCACUGGAUGUGGAGUUGAGAAACCCACCAUGGUUUUAUUCCAUGUCACUUUGCCCUUUAUUGCUUCUUUAAACAUUUAGAUUUGGCUACAGGUAACAGUUUUCAGAGUAUGGUGAUUUAAGACAGUUUCAUCAUCCCAGCAUGCACUUUUAAUAAGGAUUCAUGGCUUGGAGGGAUUUUUCCAGCAGAUUUGCUGAUUUGUUUAUACUUUUUUUUGGUGUGUUUGCUUAAUUUAUAUUUAACAUGGAAACUAAGUUUAUAUGACUAGGUGUCUAUCAUGCAGGAACAUUGAAACACAAUAAAGAUGUAUUUUUAUAAAC